AUGUCCCUCGUCGCGAGCGACGUCAAGGCCCCGACGCCGACGUCCGAUUCCCUCGACGCGUCGCUCGAUCGUCGACGCGCGGUUGCGUCGCCGUCCCGCGCGACGCCCGCGCGUCCGCUCUCCAGCGCAGAUUACUUCGCCCGACUCCGCACCUUCGCCGAUUGCGCGUCGUGGACGUUCGGAAAGAAUGAAACGCUCCUCGGCGCCGUCGCGUGCGCGAGCCGCGGGUGGAAAGUCGUGCGAGGCGAGCGGGACGCGUUGACCUGCGAGACGUGCGGCGCGGCGCUGUGUUACCCGAAAGCGGACGGCUACGACGCCUUGGAUGACCGAGGUAAGCGGGCGUUGGACGAAGAGAUGGCUGGGAUGCUGAUCACGGGUCACGAUGAGAACUGUGCGUGGGGAGAGACGGCGUGCGGACGCGCGGCGCGGGCGUUUCCGCUGGCGGCGGACGACGGAACGACGCGGAGCGAUUUCGCGUCGCGCGUCGACGGCAUCGCGAGAGGCAAGUCGCGAGUUCCGAUGUGCGUGGACGUUUUGAGCGUGGAUUGCGCUCGAGGGCGGGUCGCGGGUAUGAGUGAUGACGUCGCGGAUCGAGCGCGGGCGUUGGUGGCGGAUGCGCGCGCGCACGCGGAGGACGCGGAGACGAGCGCAGCGGGAGACGAUCGAAAUGCAGAUGAUUCGACUCCGCUCGAACGGAGAACGGUGGUGGAUCACGCGACUUUGAUGGCGUUGUUCGGGUGGUCCCCGGUGAGCGUCGACGACGACGCGAGUCGGCGAUGUUACGCGUGCGCGCUGUGCGGCGCGAUGUCUCCAGAGUGGAUCUUUACCUCGAUCAGCGCGACGCGAAAGGAGCGGAUGAGUGCGUCCUCGAAGAAGCAGUCUGCGAAGAGACCGAAGACGACCCUCGCCGCGCUUCGCGGCGCGGCGGGCGGUUCGUACGGAUUGGGAUCAACGACUUCGUCGACGAAGACGCCGUUUGCGCCAGAGUUGCGAAACGAGAAGUCGCACAGCGCCAAGGCGAAUUGGAUCGCCGCAACCGCGGCGGCAAGCGUGGAAUCGAAGCUCUUUAUGUCUAUCGCGGGCGGUGGUGAGCGGGGUGACGCGGUGCCGAACGCCGCGCCGUUCGGCGCUACGACGUCAUCGACACCGCUAUUCGGUUCGCCUCGGCCCGUCACCACGCACGACGAUGCGCACGACGGGUCGAAAUUCGCCUCGGUCGUCGUCGCGGCGAUGACGAAAAAACUCGCCGAGCGCACGAAGAAGCGACGGCGCGUCGCCUCACUCGAUCCGGACGCCAAGCUCGAACCUCCGCCGGGAUCGACGCUCUUCGACGUCGUCAACGAACACGCCUCGUACUGCCCCUGGAUCGCGUGCGAGCGCGGUUUACCGGGUUGGAGACAAACCCUCGACGUUCUCAUUCCUCCGAAACUGAGCGAGCGAUCUCAAGACGAGCGCGCGAGGAACUUUCGCGUCGUCGAUUACGUCAAGGCGCGCGAGAUGGUUCGUAGGUACUGCGGCGCCGGUCCCUGA